UAAUUCAUAGUAAAUACAUCACAAAGUUCUCUGGAAGGAAUUGGGGAAAAUAGGAAGCGACUGUGGAGGUGUGACUGCGCGUUAAAUACGAGGAGCUAAGCUGAAGGCGUUUACUCUGAGAGAACAGCGCGCGAUCAUAACAUUCACUGGGAGUUACAAGAUACACAAGAUGACGACUACUGCAGCCAUGUUGAGCACUGGAAAUGGCAGCCAAGAGAAUCAAACAAACAAAUUCAUUGACUCAGAGUUUCGUUACACUCUCUUUCCUAUAUUCUAUGGCAUGGUCUUUAUCUUGGGGUUGCUGGCCAACCUCUACGCUCUUUAUGUGUUGCACUAUAUGCGGGAGUCUAAAGCUAUGAAUGAGAUUCGAAUCUACAUGACCAACCUGACUGUUGCAGACCUUCUGUUCGUGUCCGCUCUACCUUUCUGGAUUGGCUACUACGCGAAUCACGGUGACUGGAAGUACUCGGAUGCCCUCUGCCGUAUCACAGGCUCAUUUUUCUUCAUUAACACAUACUGCUCCGUUCUCUUCCUUACUGUCAUCAGCAUUAACCGUUACUGGGCUGUUACCAGGCCACUGGUGGCUGCCUCUUCUGACUGCUGGAAACGUGGAGCAAUCGUCUCAGCGUUCAUCUGGGUCAUCACUCUUGGCGCAUCGGUUAAAUACCUCAUUGAGCCGGGAAUCCAGAGUGAUAAUAAUAACACAAUUCAUCGCUGUUUCGAGGGUUAUCACUACACGGAUCACUCUAAUAGAAAAGCAGUGGCCAUCACCCACUUCAUCAUUAUUGGCUUGUUCUUUCUUGUUUUCACAGUGGUGAUUGUCUGCAACGUCUUGAUCGCUCGAGCUCUUCUGUCCCAACCCAUCAGUCAGCCUCGAGCCAGCACGGGAAAGCGUCCCGGUGGUACCAAGCGCAGAGCUUUGAGGAUGUUGUGUGGUGUCGUGGGUGUCUUUGUGAUCUGUUUCCUGCCCCAUCAUGUGGUGCAGGGUCCCUGGACUUUGUCCGUGCUGAAGCUGAAUGAUUGGAGCGUGGAGACUCACCAAAGCUUCAACGAUGCUCACCAGAUCACUCUCAUGCUUAUGGGGAUCAACUGCCUCCUGGACCCGCUGGUUUAUUGCUUCGCCACCACAAAGUUCCGCAAGUACAUCCAGGGUCAUUUCACAAGGGUCAAGAAUAACAAGCACUGCUCGCGCAACACAUUAAGCACGGCUAUGUCACUGAAGAGCAGACAUCAGAGUGAAUUAUGAAUGCUGUCGAAGAGCAGAACACAUAUAACGCAGCAACACACUGAUACAUAUGUGGUGUUCAUUUUAAUCAGUUAGAGUCUUAUUCUGAAUCUUUCAUACUUGAGCAGAAUUUAAUUUCAAUUCAAAAUUAGGUUUGUUUCACCAAAAAAUGAAAAAUCUGCUUGUCAUUCUGAAUCUGUAUGACUUUCUUCUGUGGAACACAAAUUUUGGGUUUAGUUAAAUCAGAAACGGUUAUAAUAAGAUUAUUUAAAAAUGUUUCAAUGUUUCUACAAUGAAAAGAAAGUCAGUGGUAUCCAAAGAAAGUAAUGGAGCUGGGUAAAUAAUUAGCAGAAUUUUAAUGCAACCAAAGGAUUGAUAUUUGAAAUUAGAUGUUCAUCUAUCAAUUGCUGCCACUGCUAGGCAACUCCUUCAAACUAUAGAAUAUUUCAAGCAUGAUUAUUCAACACGUACUGAUAAAUGCUUUAUAUACUGAAACAUUAAGCAUUUAUAAUGUGAUUCCAUAUUGUCAUAUUGUCUCUUAAAGAGACAAUCCACCCCAAAAUGAAAUGUUUGUCACCAAUUACUUACCUUGAUGCCAUUCCAAACUUUUAUGACUUUCUUUCUUCUGAGGAACACAAAAGAUGAGAUUUUGAAAGUCAGUGGCAUUCAAACAGCUCUGGACCUCAUUGAUUUGGACAGAAAACACUGAAACACUGAAACUCAAAAUAUUUUUUUAUAUACCCCAGAGAAAAGUCAUGUAAGUUUGUAACAACAUUAGGGUGUGAGUAAAUGUUUAAUCUUGUGUAGGCGGAAUUGACCUAAAUGUAUAUGUGUCAAACAAACACUUUAUCUAAUUCUCGGUAAAGAUGCUGUGGUGUUCGUUCUUGUUGUCAUAUAAGGAGAUAGUUUUCUGUAGAAUGAAGAAGACAAAUGAGUUAAGAGGAUGCUGCUGGUUAAUCUGACUGAAAUGUGAGGUGAUAAGCUGAUAAGAACAGAAGAAAUAUUUUUUUUUUCUUUAAGACAUAAUAGCCCCUUUCACUCAAAACAGUCUUUACUGAUAAAAUAAUGAUAAAUUAACAAUAAGAAAUCAUGUGUGAAUGGGACUUUUUAAAAAAUAUUGGUAAUUUUCUGGCAAUUUUAUGAGAUAUAUAUGAGAAGUUGUAACAUUAUCAAAAAAUUACCGGCAUGAUAAUGUGUGUGAACAAAAAAUAUGAUUGCCGGUAUGAGCAUGUGCGAGUGUUGACGUGAGAAGUCUGCUUUGGGCCAAUCAUAACGCAUUUAGCUCUGCUGCUUUUAAUUGUUUUUCAAUGUAAACGUGCUAGUUGGACGUCUGAAAGCGCCUCACGCUCGAGACCCUGCCUUCAUUUCUAUUCAUCAGCACUGUGGCUCUGCAGUCACUUUUUCGUACUAUCAAAUACUGCCUUACUUGUUAUGAAGUAGUUCUGAGGAGCAUUUCUGUGGUUUAGGUUUUGUCACACAGGCAAUCUUCAUAUUCUUUUGCAAUGAUAUGUUUUCCAAAAUGGGGAACUUGAGCCACACACACCCAUGGGAAAUGUGCAUGUACUGCCCUGUUCUUGCCUACAUCCAAUGAAGUUAAAUUUGUUAACAUUACAGCUCAAUAGUAUAUUCAUAAAUUAACAUGAAUCUAGAUCAAUCAAUUCAAUACUGUAAAAACUUUCCAUUGUUUAUGGUACCUAAUGCAUUAAUGUUUAACAAUUGAAAUGUAUUAUAACAAAAUGACUGUAUGACAUAAAAGUAUUUGUUUUCAUAAAAGAAGUUUAGUGAUAAUAAUUCUUCCAAUUAUGAACUGUAGGUUUAUUGACUUGUACUUUGUUCUUAAUUGUAAAUCUAUGAACUGCUGAAGAUCAUUUUAUCCACUUGUAGUGCCACGAUGUUAUUUAUUUAACAGGAUGUGAUAUUUUUUUUUCUGAAGAUAUCUGUUUUAUAUGUAUGGUUUACAUUUAAUGUAUUGCAAAAACAGACUUUUAUGAAAAUGUUUAAAUUCCCAGUAAUGUCUUGGCAUUCUUUAUUAAUUAAUAUGGUGUGUGUGUGUGUGUGUCUAAGAGUUUUAUGGUGGCAUUUUAGACAUUUAUUUGAUGCUCAGCGAUGUUCACAGUUGUCUCCUUGUGGUUUAACACAUUUUAAAAUAGCAUAAUGCUUGUAUUACAGCUGCUUCUGAAGAAUCUUUCUUAAAAAAAAACUUCUGCAUUAAGCAGGAAGUUUGGCAAGAAACUGUUAUGUGUGCUUUAAGUUGUAAAGAGAUUGUUAAUUCAAAACUAAUAGUUGACAUUUACUCAUCUUCACUUUGUUGCAAACCCGUAUGAAUUUCUUCUGUAGUACAUGAAGGAGAUGUUAUGCAACAAUAGGGACCUGGGUUUUUGUCAAGUGAAUGAGUAACCUGUUCAUCUCUUCACUAGAAAAGAAGAAGAGUGAAGGACAGUUGUGAAAGACUAUUGGUCCCACAUUCUACAGAUACUAAAGUACAGCAAGUGUUUUAUAUUUAUUCAAAUGAUUAUUGAUGUUUGUUUACAUCACGUAAGGCUUAAUCUAUGCUGAAAAGGCUAAAUAAAAUCAUUAAACUGUU